AUGAAUCGUAAACUUAAUGGAGAAGAGGAAAUUUUUUCAGUUACGAAAAUUUAUUCUGAUGAGAAAGAAUCAUUCGAGGGAGCUUUUUCAUCAAUAGAAAAAACUAAUCAAAAGAAAGAGAAAAUAAUAAAAGGAUUGGAAGACUUAGCUAAGCAAAGAAAAGAGUUGGUUGAAUUACGAGAAAAUAAGCAAAAAUUAGAAGAUCUGUCGAAAGAAGAGAAAGUAAAAGUUAUUCAACUUGAACUUCAAGUCGCUAGAUUAUUAAAAGAAUCAAAAAAAAUUCGGAAUAUUCUUCUUAUUGGUCGAACUGGUAAUGGAAAAUCAACACUCGGUAAUGUUUUAAUUAAUAAAAAUGAAAAUUUUGAAGAGGUUUUUAAAGAAAGUAAUUAUGCUGCUAGUCAGACUAAAGAACUAGGCAUUGAGGAAUUUGAGUAUGAUGGGAUAAAGUAUCGAAUAAUCGACACUAUUGGAUUUGGAGACACUGAGUUAACAGAAAAGGAAGUAUUAGAUAAGAUAUCUGAGGUUGCUUAUUCCAUAAGCGAUGGUUUAGACCAGGUUUUGUUUGUCACAAAAAGUCGCUUUACAGAAGAAGAAAAAAAUGUAUUCAACUUGUUGAAAAAUGUCCUCUUCGAUGAAACUAUUGGCAAGUAUACAACAAUCGUUCGUACUAACUUUCCUGAUUUUGAUAAACCAGAAGAACGCCAAAAUGAUAUUAAAUCAAUGAGCAAGGAUAAUAAAACUAGUGAUGUGAUAAUAAAUUCUUGUAAUAAUAAAAUUAUUCAUGUGGAUAACCAUCCAAAAAUCAAGGAAAAUCGAGAUAAAUCAAGGAAAAUCUUGCUAAGUCAUUUAGCAAAAUGUAAAGGGGUUUAUUAUCCAAAUAAUUUGAAAGACCUAGUAUCUAGAAUCAAAUCUUAUGAAGAAAUAGAAAGAAAAAAUAGGGAAGAGAUAAAAAAAUUAGAAGAGAGCAGAAACAAGUUGGAAAAAGAAAAUAAUGAAGAAAGAGAAAAAUUAACUAGAAGAAUAGAAGAAUUAGAAAAAGAGAAAAAAGACGCUGAGGAAAAUAGACGCCAAGAAACUCGGGAACACGUUGAAAAUAGAUGUUCGAAGUGA